AUGCCUUCCAAAAUCACCUCCGCGAUGAACAUCCCCGUCGUCGACUUCUCGCCCUGGAAAGACCCUCAAGACAGAACUGGCCAUCCGCAGGUAGCUCAAGAGAUCGUCGACACGUUCAAAAAUGUGGGCUUUGUGUAUCUCGUUAACCAUUCUCUGCCGGGAAUUGUACUCGAUGAAACGUUUGACUGGACCAAAUGCUUCUUCUCCCUGUUCGAGGAAGACAAAAUGAAGGCACCUCAUCCCGAAGGAUGGGCAGUGUACCGGGGAUAUUCAUGGCCAGGACUGGAGAAAAUCUCGCAUGUUAGUGCGGGAAAUAAUGACGAGUUGUUGAAGGAGAUGAAGCAGGUCCCUGAUGUCAAGGAAAUAUACGACAUGGGCAGCGAAAGAAAUUUCCACCAACCAAACCAAUGGCUUCCCGAGGACACGCUUCCAGGCUUUCGGGACUUCAUGAACCAGUUCUACUGGGAGUGCGGCCAAGUCGCAGAUGAAGUCCUGCGUGCAAUUGCCGUUGGACUCGACCUGGAAGACAAAGCCUAUCUAGCCAAGAAGCACUCAGGCGAGAACCAUCAUCAACGGUUGCUGCAUUACCUGCCAGUCCCCGCUGAGGAUCUAGAGAAAGAACGUGCCUCUCGCUGCAUGGCCCAUACCGACUGGAGCACGCUUACCCUGCUCUUUCAAGAUGAUUGCGGUGGGCUUGAGCUAGAAGACGUUCCCAAACCAGGCACAUUCAUUCCCGCCGCACCUAUCAAGAAUGCAGUCGUUGUGAAUGCAAGAGACGUCUUGCAGAUGUGGAGUAACAACAAACUCAAAUCAACCAACCAUCGUGUGACGCUGCUGCCUCUCUCCGAUCGGUUUGAUGGUGAGAAUGGAAUGACUCACGAGCGCUUCUCGAUUCCUUUUCGCGCUUCAAUCGCCCGUUCCGUUCUCCCCGCUCGACACGUUAACCCAACGAUGUCGAUUCCCAACGAAGCUCUGCAGAAGCUACUGCAAGAAAUCGAGACCCAGGCCAUCACCUCGCAGCAGCAACUGAACAUCACCAAGGCGCAAAUCACAGCCAAGCAGAAGAACGCCCGUCUCCUCGAGUUGACAUCGAAGGAACUUAGCACGCUGCCGAAGGAGACCAAGGUGUAUGAGGGUGUGGGCAAGAUGUUCGUUGGUGUCCCGAUGCAAGCUGUCGACAAGCGCAUGUCGUCCGAGAAUACCACGUUGAAGACCGACAUUUCUGGCUUGGAAAAGAAACUGGACUACUUUGAGACGACACAUACGAAGGCCCGCGAGAACCUGGAGGCAAUUUUGAAACCGCGCAAGUAG